UACCCACCAAUCCACCUUAAGUUUGCCCAUCAAGUUGGUUCUUCUGCAAGAGAAAAACCAACAUUGAUAACCAUUUGAGCCAAACCAAUGGCUACCUUUACUUACACAAGCCAAUAUUCAUCUCAAAGAUCAGUAGCCAUGGUGCUAGCUCUAGUUUCUGCAAUUGUUCUAUCGCCAUUGUACGUGACACGGAAAAAUGACACGCGAUAUUAUGAGACAAAAUGGAGUUCUGGCUUUGUUCUACCUAUGGUUCUAGCAGGACUCAUAAUUGCCAUUAAAACAACCUCAUCAUGUUCAUCCAUGUCUGCACAAGGAGGUAGAGCUUCAAUAAUUCCAUCUCCAGACCCUUCAUGGGUGCUUAGAAUUGGAAGCUCAUCUUGGGGGCUUGCUGGUAUCUUGGUUAUGCUGUUGCUUGUGCUAUCAUGGCAAGAAUCUGUACAAGAGUUUUUCUGGAGAUAGAGAGAAAAACUCCACAUGUUAUCUAUGUCUAUUGUAUUUCAUUUUGAUUGUAUAAGUUUAUAUAUCAAAUAAUUUGAUAGUUCAUCUAGUUAUAAUUAAAUCUUUCUUCUUCUUUUUUA